AUGACUGGAGCAUCAACCAUAAUAGCAGUGGUGGGUGCGAUAAUAGGAGUGAUAACAGUGAUAAGAUGGGGUUGGAAGAUGACGAUGUGGCUAUGGGUUAAUCCAAAGAGGCUACAGACAGCUCUGAGACGUCAAGGUCUUGAGGCUGAUGCUUACCGAUUCUGGGUUGGUGACUUGAUCAGAAUGGUUAAGAUGCAGCAACAAGCCAAAUCCUUGGCCUUGCCAAUUCGUUCCCAUGACCUGGUCCCUCACGUCUUAUCCUUUGUCCACUACAUAACCAAUAAACACGGUAAGAAUUCAUUCAUGUGGUUGGGACCUAUGCCGAGGUUGAUCCUUACGGAUCCUCUGCUGAUAAAAGAUAUGUUCAACAGAAACUACGACUUCAUAAAACCUAACAUGAUUCCUAUUACCAAAUAUAUAUCCACUGGUCUUGCAUGCUAUGAAGGCGACAAGUGGGCUAAACACAGAAAGAUUAUCAAUCCAGCAUUCAAUUUACAACAGAUGAAGAUUCUGCUUCCAAUCGUUUGCCAAAGUUGCAAUGAUAUGAUCAACAAAUGGGAGAAUAUAUUGUCUCCAACGGAUGGAACUUGUGAAGUGGAUGUAUGGCCUUGGCUCAAGAAUUUGACAAAGGAAGUGAUUUCUCGAGCAGCUUUUGGAAGCAGCUACAAAGAAGGAAGACAAAUAUUUGAUCUCCUAACAGAACAAGCAGAACUAGUAAUGAAUAAUGUACAGAAACAUCAAAUUCCAUUAUGGAGGUUUGUACCAACUAAGGAGAACAAGAGGAUGAAGGCAAUUGAUAGAAAUGUGGAAGCUACUCUGGAGUACAUUAUCAACAAAAAGGAGGAAGCCAUGAAGGCAGGUGAAACCACACCUAAUGAUUUACUAGGGAUACUUUUAGAAUCCAAUCUCAAGGAGAUUGAGGAACAAGGGAACAAGAAGAACGUUGGGUUGAGUAUGAAAGAUGUGAUUGAUGAAUGCAAGUUGUUCUACAUAGCAGGCCAAGAAACCACUUCAGCCUUACUGGUGUGGACUAUGAUGCUAUUAAGUAAGUAUCCUGAUUGGCAAGCACGUGCGAGGGAAGAAGUCCUGCGAGUCUUUGGCAACAAAAAACCAGACUUUGAUGCACUAAGUCGCCUCAAGAUUGUUACAAUGAUCCUGUAUGAGGUUUUGAGGUUAUAUCCACCAAUAGUACGGGUAGAGCGGUAUGUUGAAAAAGACAUGAAACUUGGGAACUUGUUAGUUCCCGGCGGAGUACAGAUUUGCAUACCAAUACUUAUGAUGCACCAUGACCAACAGUUGUGGGGAGAUGAUGCCAAAGAGUUCAAACCAGACAGGUUUUCUGAAGGAAUCUCAAAGGCAUCAAAAGGUACUCCUGUUGCCUUCUUUGCAUUUGGAGGGGGUCCUCGAAUCUGCAUCGGGCAGAACUUUGCCUUUUUGGAAACUAAAAUGGCGUUGUCUUUGAUUCUACAAUGUUUCUCCUUCGAGCUUUCCCCAACAUAUUCUCAUGCUCUCACUACCGUCAUCACUCUUCAGCCUCAACAUGGUGUUCAACUCAUUCUGCAUAAAUUGUAA